AUGGAUUAUCAACGACAAUUACUUGAAGAAUUGAUGGCACCUUUUCAAUCUUCUUCAAAGCACACUUUUUGGGAUGAUGCAGUGUGUAAACAUUAUUUAGUCAAGUUUUGUCCUAAUUCUUUAUUUACCAAUACAAAAUCAGAUCUUGGUCCAUGUACUAAAGUACAUGAUGAAAAACUUCAAGCAGCAGAUCGUUCAAAGUAUGGUUAUGAAACCAAAUUUUAUGACUAUUUGACAGUGUUAUGUAAUGAUCUAGAUAAAAAGAUUCGUAAAGGAAAUGAACGUUUAAAUGUUCGUCCUGAUGAUACACUUCUGAAUCCAAAUAAAGAUGAAAAAGAAGAGAAAAUUAUCAUUCUAGAUGAAAAAAUAAAAGAAUUAUUGGUAAAGAUCGAAGAGGCAGGCGAAGAAGGCCGUGUACAAGAAGCACAAACAUUAACCAAAGAAGUGGAAUCACUUCAAAAAGAUUUGGACUUUUUAAGAAAUAGCGAUGACUCAAAUCCACUAUUUAAACAAGAAAGAAGAAUGCUGGUUUGUGAUGUUUGUGGAGCUUUUCUAGUGACUAAUGACACUUCUAAUCGGAUGGAUGCACAUCUGCAAGGAAAACAACAUAAAGGCUAUAAACAAAUUCGUGAAACUCUUCAAGAAUGGAAGCAACAGAGGUCAUAUUCAUCACGAGAACCAAAUCAGAGAGAACAUCGACGAGAUUCAUAUAGUCGACAUGAACCAUAUCCCCCAUUAAUCCUUGCUGGUUUAUGA